CACAGCAGCGACUCUGCCUCCGCCUGGAGUCCCUCCGCAGCAGCCCUGCCAGCGGGCCCGGGAGAGCCGCCCGCCAGCCCCCUCCGCGGCAUGCCCAGCGCAGGGCUUCUUCUAAGCGCUCCUACCUGGUGGCUAGUGACAGUUUUUUCAGUGCAACAAAUUUAUGGGGGCAAAUAUUCAUAUAUUGGUCCAUGUGGAGGACAAGAUUGUUCAGUUUGCCAGUGCUUUCCUGAAAAGGGAUCAAGAGGUCAGCCUGGUCACCUAGGGGCUCAAGGUCCAAUUGGAUCUUUGGGAUGUACAGGGCCAGCUGGUUUGCAAGGAGAAAAAGGACAGAGAGGUGAGAAUGGGCUGCCUGGGCCCGCUGGAGAAAAGGGUGAUAAGGGCCCAACAGGAGUCCCAGGAUUUCCUGGUUUAGAUGGUGUGCCUGGAUAUCCUGGAAUUGAAGGGUCCAGGGGCAAACCUGGCUUGGAUGGCUGCAAUGGUUCAAGAGGAGAACCCGGAUUUCCAGGAGAGACCGGGUGUAUUGGACCAAGAGGCUCAUUUGUAAGUUAUGAGCUUUAUUAUAAUACAUUUAAACUUUCUCUCCAGGUUAACAUCUUUUAAAAUUAAAGGGGCAUUAGACUAUGGCACUAGGCUUAUGGCU